AUGUUGGGGGAACAGGAGCACCAGAGCAGGCCGCCUAAGACAGGAGGAGGAGGAGAAGCGAAAGCCGCGACGCUGGAUGCGAUCAGGCGUCGUCUGCGCGUGCCACAGCGGUCGCGAGCGCAGAGCUGUCAUACCGUCGACGGGUUGACAGCGGAUCGUGAUGCGGUUGCAUGGUACUGGAGACUGGUGGCCAUCGGCUCAUCAUUCAUGAUAUUAGGAGGCUUCUUGAUGCUGCCUGUAACGUUCGAGAAACAAGCUAAGAAAGACCUUCGAAUCGGUCAAGCCGUAGUAGGGAUAUUUGCAGUCGCACUACUGACCGCCGGAUUCUCGUUCACUGGUCUCGUGUGCUUCGCCGUCCGGAAUCCUUUGUUCCAAGCAGAGACCGUCUUCCUUCCGUCGUUGACAUCUUGCGCCCUGGGGCUGUUGACAAUCUUUUACAAUUUCCUGGUUUUCAAUCGAUAUGAAUGGAAUACGCCGGCGCUGCUAGUUACCAUCGCUGCUGCACUCACCACAAUAGUGUACGGAGGGCUCUUGCUACGGGCUCAGCGCAAGGUGAACUCGGUCAAAGCCAAGCGACCAACUCUUCCAGUGCCCAUGACUAGGAUUCAGCAAGAUAGCGAGUCAUCAUUAUGGCACGGACAGGGCACAGCGUACUAUCAGAACUACAAUCGAAAUAUGUUCCCAUCCGCGUAUACUAGCACGCAUGUGCAACCAGCACAAACGGCACAGCAAUCGACAUAUGACUCGGACUCGAUUACCGAAGAGGAAAUGCAACGGCAGCAAAUGUUGAUGCUUUUGUUGCAGAACGACCAUGAUAUAUCGACACCGGAUCCGACUGCAUCUACGUUCCGAAUAGACUGGCAAGGUAGAGAGGAGGAAGAAGCACCGGCGCAGGGUUACUAUGCGCCGAGCUCAGCUUCUGUGACUCCUAUAACAGCAUAUGCCCCACAAGGCAUAGGGCGGCAGUGUUCGAAUGACUUACAGCCAUGGGAUGGCGUGUGGAGAGAAGUCCGAAGACCAACCAACUAGGUAGCCAGGACUUUCGGGAAGCCAAAAGACGAGAAAUCGAGCGAGGGACGCCUGGAUGAUUUGCUUGCAAAGAUAUGAUAUUGAAUUUAGCAUCGGCGUCCCGGAUGAUGAACGACAAAAUACCCAGCGAGUGCGACUUGUGUAUUUUAUGAAACUGGUGGC